AGAGGUUGCAGCAACCACUCCUUCCUCCUCUGCUCCUGAGGAAAGUGAUGCUGGUUAUGACAAUAAUGAUGAUGAUGGCCACUGUGGAAACUCCUCCACCUAACCUGAUACCAUUUAGUCACAUGUAUGGCUGUGCUUCCCUGUUCCUCCCAGGUCAGUAUCAGCAGCCAUUGUGAGUCCUGGACUAUAUAAGGCAGAUACUCCUGCAAUCCAAAAAGCAUCAGCAUCUCUUGCAACCUGUUGACUGCGAGCCUACUGCUUCAAAGAGAAAAACAAGACAAACUACAGCUAUGAUCUCCACAUUACAGAAAACCAUUAGACCAGUAUGGACUGCCAGAGGACUGCACAAGUCUGCAGUGGAAGUCUCAAAGCGCCUAGCCCCCGAGGACACAGUUACAGCCAGUUAUGGGAGGUUCAUCAGUGAAGUAAAGCCUCAGCAUUUGUCCUCCUUGGUGCUCCACCGCAGCAAAAGAAUGAUGCUGGACAGCAUUGGAGUCGGUCUGAUUGGCAGCACAACAGACGUGUUUGAAUUGGCCCUGCAGCACUGCCAGAACAUGUAUGCUCCUGAUGACAUCAGCUCUGUGUAUGGACGCAAGAGCACAAGGCUCUCCCCGACACUGGCUGCCUUUGUCAACGGAGUGGCGACUCACUCUAUGGACUUUGAUGAUACAUGGCACCCUGCCACUCAUCCCUCAGGAGCAGUGCUUCCAGCUGUGUUAGCACUCAGUGACAUGAUGCCUGCUAGCAGCAAACCUAGUGGCCUGGACCUCCUGCUGGCAUUCAACGUGGGCAUUGAAAUCCAGGGCCGAUUGAUGAGGUUCUCUAAUGAGGCAUGCAACAUCCCAAAGAGGUUUCACCCUCCCAGUGUGGUGGGCACCAUGGGAAGUGCAGCUGCCUGUGCUCGUCUCUUGUCUUUGGAUCACUCUCAGUGUGGUCAUGCUUUGGCUAUAGCUGCUUCUCUAUCUGGUGCCCCAAUGGCUAAUGCUGCCACUCAGUCUAAACCCCUCCACAUUGGCAAUGCCUCACGUUUGGGGCUGGAGGCUGCUCUGCUGGCUUCCAGAGGCCUAGAAGCCAGUCCUCUGGUCCUAGAUGCUGUCGAUGGGGUGGCUGGCUUCAGCGCUUUUUAUGAAGACUAUGUGCCGCAGCCUUUAGAGUCACCCAGUGAUGGUGGACAUAUGUUCUUGCUAGAGGAGCAGGACAUAGGCUUCAAGCGAUUCCCAGCCCAUCUGGGGAUGCACUGGGUGGCAGAUGCCGCAGCUUCGGUCCAUAAGCUUCUGGUAGGGCUUGGCCCUGGCUCUGUCUCCCCAGCUCAAGUCCAAGGCAUCCUGCUCAGAGUCCCCAAAUCAAAGUACAUCAACAGGCCUUUCCCUGACUCUGAGCAUGAGGCACGCCACUCCUUCCAGUUCAAUGCUUGCACCGCUCUCCUGGAUGGCGAGGUGACUGUGCAGUCCUUCACACCCUCUGCCAUGAUGCGGCCCGAAUUGCUUGCUCUCUUAAGCCGUGUUCAUGUCGAGCAUCCCCAGGACAACCUGGCUAAUUUCAACUGCAUGUAUGGCGAAGUCCAGGUAACACUGGUUAGUGGCGACAUUCUGAAAGGACGCUGUGACACUUUCUACGGUCACUGGCGCAACCCGCUGACCAACGAGAGCCUGAGAAAGAAAUUCAGGACCAACGCAGGGACGGUGCUUCCUUCAGAGAAGGUUGAGAGGCUGAUUGAUGUGGUGGAGGACCUGGAUAGGCUCGUGGACUGUAGGACCCUUCUCUCACAGCUGCAGUGAACACUCACUGAAACACACCAUAACAGCAAAUGAGAGAAAGAGAAAAAGCAAAACAAAAUUACACAUUUGUCCAAACAAUUUGCACUCAGUACAGUUAUUAUAUGAAAAACAGCUGUAGGCCACUCCACUGUUAACGACAGUUAUGUUUCUGUAUGCCUCCCCCUUUCACCAGUACUGACAGAGUCGUGCUAAAACAUACUGAUCUGAUGCACAUUGUGCUAAAUUAUUUCCUUGUAUCUAUGUAUUUUUUUUUAGUUUACUAAGAAAUCAAUAUGAGUUAUAAAAUGCUAUUGUUAUAUUGUAAAGGGAAGAUGAAGGAAAAUUUAUGUAUUAAAUACAUAAUAUAAAUAUUAAUAUUAUACAUUUGCAUGUAUGUAGUGCAAAGUACUGUACUGUGGGGUUUUUUUUGUGCCAAAUAAUAUAUUUUAAAAUGUAAACUCAAACAAUGUCAAUGCUUGAUUCUUAAAAACAUGUAAUGCAAUAUUACAACAUUGCUGCAAUGGAACAAUGUUUCCUCUUUGACACUAAUAAUUUCAUUACACAAA